AUGGAAAUCCACUGGGUGAUCUUGUACAAGCCGUACUCUCAGCCCCAGAGAACUCUGUACCAGCAGCUCCACCUGAAGAUGAAGAUGAGAUGGCCAUUUCGGGCAUGUUAUUUCUUCCUAAACCACAUCAUAUUAAUGCAUGUCAUCAGUGCUCAGUCUGAAAUUAUUAUUAAGAAUGAGGAAUAUGUCUAUGCCUUGCCUGGUGAUGAUGUGACUCUAACAUGCAGCAUCCUGAAAGGAAAAGGAAUCCAUGUUACGCAAACACAGUGGUCAAAGAUUGAUGCUGCUUCUCAAAGAAGUAUUGGUGUACAUCAUCCUCGCUAUGGGACUGUAUACAAUGAAAGGGGCUACAACUAUUCCCUAAACUUCAGAAAGGCCUUCCAAUCUUGUCAGACAGACUUCAGCCACAGUUUUUCUUCAGAAAAUCAUAUGGAAUGCGAUCAGUGGAUUCUGCAGAUGAGGAAUGUGAGUCUUGAACGGUUUGGCUUGUAUGAGUGUAGCUUUGCUACAUAUCCAGCAGGAACAACCAGCUCAGAAAUCAAUCUUGUUGUUAUGAAGAGCGAUGACAAGAACUUUGUGGUAGAAACACUGCUAAACCAGACACUGGAAAUCCCAUGCUUGAAAGACAUGCCUUCUGAAAACAUGACAAAUGCUUCUUUGAACUGGUUUCUGCAGAAAGAGAACAAGAAUGAAGAGUUACUUAUAAGUAAACAGUCUUAUUAUGGUCAUGAAUACAUAACCAGAUCUACACCAUUCAAGGAGAGAAUCAAGAUGAAUCCAGAAAACACAUUAAUAAUCUCACCAGUGUCGGUCCUUGAUGAUGGCAUGAAAUUCAUCUGUUCUGUUGUCUACCGGCCUGGAAGAAUGAUUAGGAGCACUACAGAUGUAAAAGUAUUUGUUAAACCUGAAAUCUCUAUUAUUCUCAACGAAAACUUCAGAGGAAAGGCUAAUUUUACCUGUAUGGUAAGGAAGGCAUUUCCCAAGCCAAACCUGCACUGGUAUAUAGGUGGAGAGAUCCUUAAGGACAAAUCCGAAGGCAUAUUCUUGGAAAAUGAAGAACCAAAAGCUGCAGGAGGUUUUUUUGAGAUGAGAUCACUACUGACAAUAUGGAACACAGCUCAAUUACCCAUCAAUCAGAGUUUCAAAUGCAUGUCUGUCUACCAUUUCCCUGGAAAUCAAACACAGAAUGUCUCAUCUGAAGAAGUUGUACUUUCUUAUGGGUUACAGGAGACAACUUUAAAAUCUAUCAAACCCAGUAGGCCUGUUUCUCCAAUUUUAGAGUCCUCUACAAGAAGAAUGCUAUCAACUGAAGAAAUGACUGAAAAAAGUAUACUAACUAUUCCUGAUUCUUUACUCACUGCAAAGAAUUGGUUGAACAGUACUGGAAAUCUACCCACUAAAAAAGUGGUUGAACAAACCACAAUGAGUAGCUCUGAUAAUUCACCCACUUUAAAAGGCCUCUUCGAUAGCAAUGGCACUGCAACAAGUCCAAAACAUACACAUUUCUCCUGGCCAGCGGUUGUAGCUGCUCUGCUUUUCUUCUGCACAUUUUUUAUCAUUCUGGGAAUCAGAAAAUGGUGUCAGUAUCAAAAGGAAAUUAUGAACAGACCACCAUCUUUCAAGCCACCACCACCUCCCAUUAAGUAUACUGCUAUGCCAAUAAGUUACGCAACCUGCAAUCAACUGGAAAAUCUUUAAUGGACCUGAAGUGUUCUGGCCUAAUAAUGAAUUCUUUUACUGUAUGUCUUUUAUAAUAGAUUGCAAGAGUUCCAAAGCAGUGACCCAUAUUCCAAUUUAGACUGCUUAAUCUUGCAUUAUUGCCGGGAACACAGUUUCCCUAAGUACGCUUACUCAGGACAAUUUACCUCCUGCAGUCAACUGAUGUAGUGAAGCUAAACAUAUCUCAUAUUACAGGCACUCAGCCUGAGUUCUGUGAUCAAGAAGGAAUUGAUGUAAUUAGUUUUGUCUAUCUAGAAAAGAUGUUAUUUAAAGUUCCUAGUUACUCUCAAGAAUGUAUUUUUCUCCAUGUUUAUUUCCUAACUAUUUAAAUAAACUAGUUGCGUCCAACUUCUGUGUUUUCAAGGGUUGACCUGUUCUUCCCAUUCUUGGGCAUAAUUAGCAACAAAACUGGCACAUGCUUCAGAUAUUUACAUUUACUGAGUUAGAGAACCAACAUAGUAUAAUCGUUUGACUCUGGAAGACCAAGGUCUGAAUCCCCAUUCAGCCAUAAAACCUGCUGGAGAAAUUGGGCAAGUCAGACUAUGUCUCAGCCCCAGAAGAAGGCAAAGCAAACAUCUUCUAAAUAAACCUUGCCAGGAAAAAACCCAUGAUAGGUUCCUCAUAAUUCAGAAACAUCUUGAAGGCACGUAACAAGAGAAAUGCCUAUGGCUAUGGAAUUACAUAGAAAGCUUCAUGUUUACAUAAAUGUUAUAGGCAAAGAAAAACUACAUAUCAUUAAAGGGUGAAAUUUCCUCAUGACUCAACUACAUCUUUAUAAUUUAUUUAAGAAGUGUACUUAUGUCAUGCCUUGAUUAAAACCUGGUAUAUGGAGAUGACUAUAGU